AUGCCACGCUGUACUUUGUGUUCUGUGUGGAUUCCUCUGAAAAUGAACUGGGCAUUCUUGAUCUCAUUCAGGUUUUCGUGGAAACGUUGGAUAAAUGUUUUGAAAAUUGUAUGUGAACUGGACUUGAUCGUUAAUAUGGACAAGCUAUUUCCUUAG